AUGGCUUCCCGAGAAGAGGCUGGUGUGACUUUAGGGCAGCCGCACCUUUUUCGGCAAGAUCUCAACACUUUGGAUGUUACCAAGUUGAUGCCACUUUCACAUGAAAUUAUCAGCAGACAGUGCACAACAAAUAUAGGUACAGUUGGUCAUGUAGCUCAUGGGAAAUCUAGGGUUUUAAGAGCUAUUUCCGGAGUUCACACUAUCAGGUUCAAAAAUGAACUAGAAAGAAAUAUUACAAUCAAACUUGGCUAUGCUAAUGCUAAGAUAUAUAAACCUGAAGACCCAAGUUGUCCUCGGCCAGAAUGUUAUAGAUCCUGUGGAAGUAGUACACCUGAUGAGUUUCCUACAGACAUUCCAGGGACCAAAGGGGACUUCAAAUUGGUCAGAUGUGUUUCCUUUGUUGACUGCCCUGGCCACGAUAUUUUGAUGGCUACUAGGCUGAACGGUGCCGCAGUGAUGGAUGCAGCUCUUCUGUUGAUAGCUGGUAACGAGUCUUGUCCUCACCCUCAGACUACUGAACACCUGGCUGCUAUUGAAAUCAUGAAACCGAAGCGUAUUUUGAUUCUACAGAAUAAAAUUGAUUUGGUAAAAGAAAGCCAGGCUAAAGAACAGUAUGAACAGAUCCUUGCAUUUGUACAAGGUACAGUAGCAGAAGGAGCCCCUGUUAUUCCAAUUUCUACUCAGCUAAAAUACAAUAUUGAAGUUGUCUGUGAGUACCUAGUAAAGACAAUUCCAGUACCCCCAAGAGACUUUACUUCAGAACCUCGACUUAUUGUUAUUAGAUCCUUUGAUGUCAGCAAACCUGGCUGUGAGGUUGAUGACCUUAAGGGGGGUGUAGCUGGUGGAAGUAUUCUAAAAGGAGCCUUAAAGGUGGGCCAGGAGAUAGAAGUCAGACCUGGUAUUGUUUCCAAAGAUAGUGAAGGAAAACUCAUGUGUAAACCCAUCUUUUCCAAAACUGUAUCGCUUUUCGCAGAGCAUAAUGAUCUUCAAUAUGCUGCUCCAGGGGGUCUUAUUGGAGUUGGAAGAAAAAUUGACCCCACUUUGUGCCGGGCUGACAGAAUGGCAGGCACAGUUGGAGCUUUACCUGAAAUCCUCACAGAAUUGGAAAUUUCCUAUUUCCUGCUUAGACGGCUUCUAGGUGUACACACUGAAGGAGACAAGAAAGCAGCAAAAGUGCAAAAGCUGUCUAAGAAUGAAGUGCUUAUGGUGAACACAGGAUCCCUGUCGACAGGAGGAAGAGUUAGUGCGGUCAAGGCUCAUUUGGGCAAAAUCAUUUUGACUAAUCCUGUGAGCACAGAAGUAGGAGAAAAAAUUGCCCUUAGCCAAAGAGUUGAGAAACACUGGCGUUUAAAUGGUUGGGGUCAAAUAAGAAGAGGAGUGACAAUCAAGCCAACAGUAGAUGACGACUGA